UCCGCGAGGGCGGGCGAGAGGGCGCGGGCCCGCGGCCGAGGCAGGGGCGAUGGGCCGCCCGGGAGGGCGCAGGUCGCCCCAGGCCCCGCGGGGCGAAGGAGGCGACCGGGAGGGCGGCGCCCGGCCUCGCCUCCCCCUUCCCCGCCUGGGCCUGGCCUUGGCGCUGCUGGCCGCCCUGCUGGCCGCCAAGUACUACCGGGACUCGGAGGCGGCCCGGCGGCAGGAGACAGCUCUGAAAUCUCUGGGGAAUGAAGGCCUCUUUCUUUUCUCUUCCCUGGAUACAAACAACGAUUUGUACAUCAGCCCUGAAGAGUUCAAGCCAAUUGCGGAGAAACUCACUGGCAUUGCUCCUGUUUCUGCCCUUGAGGAAGAAGAGGAGGUGCUGGAUCCCAAUGGAGAGAUGCUCUCUGUCGUUGCAAAAUUCCAGCCUCUGUUAAUGGAAACCAUGACAAAGAGCAAGGACGGGUUCCUUGGAAUUUCACACAUUGCCCUUUCUGGGCUUCGCAAUUGGACCGCUCCAGCUUCCCCUAAGAACACGCUGCAUGCCCAGCAAUUCAAAGCUUUUCUGCCCCCGCAGAAUAAGCUAGAACUGGCUGAUCCUUGGUGGAUAAUUCCCAGUGAAUUAAACAUCUUUACUGGAUACCUUCCCAAUAACCGUUUUUACCCUCCGGCUCCCAAGGGCAAAGAGAUCAUCAUUCACAAGCUCUUGAGUAUGUUCCACUCACGGCCGUUUGUGAAAACCCGCUUCGCUCCUCAGGGGGCAGUUGCCUGCCUUCAAGCAGUGGCUGAGUUCUACUACAAGAUAGCUUUCAGGAUCCAUGCUGAAUUCCAGCUCAACGAGCCUCCGGAUUUCCCCUUCUGGUUUUCCCCUGCACAAUUCACCGGCUCUAUCGUCCUCUCCAAAGACUCCUCCCAUGUUCGGGAAUUCAAGCUGGCUGUCCCUAACAACAGGUCUCUCAACGUAGACAUGGAAUGGCUAUAUGGGGCCCGAGAGAGCAGCAAUAUGGAGGUGGACAUAGGAUACCUCCCUCAGAUGGAGUUGGAAUCUUUGGGACCAUCCACCCCUUCUCUGAUCCACGAUGAAAAUGGGAAUGUGAUUGACAGCAGAGACCCUGAAGGGGAACCAAUUCAAUUCAUAUUUGAAGAGAUCACCUGGAAGCAAGAAAUAACUUGGGAAGAGGCAGCCCGCAAGCUGGAAGUUGCUAUGUAUCCAUUUAAGAAAGUUUCCUACCUUCCUUUCACACAAGCUUUUGAAAGAGCAAAAUCUGAGAGUAAAUUGGUGCAUUCCAUUCUAUUGUGGGGAGCACUGGAUGAUCAGUCAUGCUGAGGUUCAGGGCGAACUCUCCGGGAAACAGUCCUGGAAAGUUCGCCCAUCCUUGCUUUGCUGAAUGAGAGUUUCAUCAGUACCUGGUCAUUGGUGAAGGAGCUGGAAGACUUGCAGGCCAAGAAAGAGAACGAGUUCAGCAGCAAACUUGCAGACCUGCAUCUUGAGAAGUAUAGUUUCCCCGUGGAAAUAAUGAUCUGCCUGCCCAACGGGACUGUGGUACACCAUAUCAAUGCCAACUACUUCCUGGAUAUUACUUCUGUGAAGCCAGAAGAAGUUGAGAGCAGCAUCUUCAGUUUCUCUGCCAGUUUUGAAGAUCCCUCAACAGCGACCUACCUCCAGUUCCUGAAGGAAGGACUUCAGAAAGCAAAACCACUCCUGCAGGCCUAACUCAAGAAAGCAAUUGCGGAUCACCAAAGAUACAAGAGUUCUUGUUUUCUGGCACUCCUCUUUCUCUGUGCUGUCUCGCAGAGUGCUGCUCUUGAAUGAGAAGGCUUCUCAGUAACUGAAAUGGUAACAACUGUAGUCACAUGCAUUCUUUUUUUGAAGGAGCUGAAGUUGCCAUGCUCUUAUCAACAAGUUGUGGGACUUACAUGAAGUUAGCCCUCAGGAUGUCUGUGGUAGAAAAUUGGGGACAAUGGGGCAUAAAGGAGUGGGUGGGACUGUGGUUGCUGAACCAUGGGAUGAAUAAAGGGGCUGGAUCUCAAGGAAAGACCGAACAAUCACGUUAGCAAAAAGUUUGAGCAUGACUGUGUUCAUCAUCUUUUUCCACCUGCUCUGGAGCCUGGUCUCUUUCAGGGCUCUUGAAUUGCUUGUACGUAUCUGAAGCCUCAUAUUUUAGAACUCUGCAUUGUAAAGCCCCAUUUGUCUUCAGCAGGUCACCAUGACAGGCACCUUUUGUGAUCAGAAUGCAUAUUGGCAAAUCUAGUUCAGAAGUCAGGUCCUGCAUGUCACUUACACUCCCACUGGUGUUGAAGAGGACUGAUGCAUAAAUGCAGGACAAGGAAUCCUUUAAACUACCAUUUAGCAUUUUUUGCGUUAAGCCACAAAAGGCAGUGUAGACAUUUCUCCUGAAAUGUAAGAUGCCCUUUCCUAUUCAUAAACAGUGGUAUGGCUUGCAUAGUGUUGGCAGGGUGUUUCUGUCAUUAAAACUAGAGCCUCUUUGGACAGCAGCACUAGGUCUCAGGGCCCUUGUCUGGUAGGACUUGUGAUUGGCAGAUGGUCCCAACUUUGAAACAGCUGCUGGCAGAGAAAUGGGUAAGCCGUGAGCCUCCUUGAGGUUCAGGUUUCAUGCCAGGGAUGAAAGUAAAUGUGGCUUUUUUGAUCGAUGGUAGUACCAUAACUCUUAACUGCUUUUCUUCCCCUGCCCCUGAACCCUAUCAUCCCAAAAGGCCCUGUGCUACCUUUUAAAAAGAAGAAUACAUUACUAGAGCUUUUGUACCAUAGUGGUUAAGUGGUUGCGUUGCAAAUCAGCACUCUGCUGGUUCAAAUCCCACUACUGCCAUGAGCUCAGUAGGUGGCCUUGGGUAAGCCGCUCCUCUCAGCCCCAGCUCCUGAGCUGUAUGGUGGGGAUAAUAACAACAUUGACUUUGUUCAUUGCUCUGAGUGGGGCACUAAUCUGUCUAGAAGAAUGGUAUAUGAGUGCAAUUAUUACUAUUGUUGGGGGGGGGAACUUUACUGCACUCUGAGAAUUCCAGGGUGGAGCUUCCUGUAGUAGCAAGCCCCCUGAACACACCAGUAGCUCUCUCUUGCUACAGUUUCCUGUUCCAUCCAACAAAACAGAAUUAGAAACCAAAAACAUGCUUCCCAAACUGAAGCAUAUUUCCACCAUUCUUCAAAUCUAUUCCAAGUUCAAACUUAGGGUCUUUUGGUUAUAGGUUUUGAAAUUUGCUUUUAAAGCAGAAUUCUAACCCUUAAUCCCCAGGUUUAACUGGGAUGAUUAUAUGUCCCUGGUCAGCAACUAGUUGGAGAGGGGUUGGUCACCCACUGCCCCCAUGGUGACAGCCACCACUCCUUUUCACUCUUACCUUUGGGCUGGCCAGGGCCUCAAACUAUGAAUCCUAUUUCACGGUUAAUAUUUUUAUCCCAUCAUUUCUUCCAGGGAGCUCAGACCAGUGUGUGAAGUUCUCCCCCUCCUCCAUUUUGACUUCAUAACAACCCUAGGCAAUAGAGAGUGGCCAGUUCAAGGUCUCCCAAGGGAACUUCUUACCUGAUGGGGAUGUGAACUCAAGUCUUCCCACUGCCCCCCCCCAGCAUUAAGCAGUGACUGUUGCCUCAAACAAGAUAAUAGCACCCCCCAAGCAUUUACAAUGUAAUAAUGGGCAUUCACAGUGUUAUGUUUCAUUCUAUUGGAGUGAAAUUGCUUAAAGUCCUGAGGGUUUUUUUUUAAAAAAAGGGAAUGAAACAUUGGCAGGCAAAGGAUUAGUUCUUGUGUAGCAUUUCUGAUCCUCCAAACUCUUCCUCCCCAAUGUCUAGCCAGAUUUUGCCAGUUUGGUAAUGUCAUGGCAAGCUGAAUGUUGCCUGCGCCAAGAAGUAACUAAUUUACUCUGUGCACCCAUGAAGACAAGGAAGUGGAAACAGGAGAGGGCAGAGCUAUGUAUGAACCGAGCCUGUAUCAUUAGCAGAGAAUCAAUGAAGCGUCUAAGCUGUUCUGCGGAUUUCAAAAAGGAAGGAUCAGUUUUUCCUCUUGAUGCCAACCUGCCUUUCCCAGGCAUACUAGUUUUCCAACAGUAUAGACAGCACAAAUUUUUUACUAGUCCACUCAGGUGGCAUUGCUCCAACAAGCACUGCCUUUUGUGUGCUCUUCUCACCAUUCCUAACCAUUAAACCACACUCAUAGAAAUAACUCCCACCACAGCUGUAGCUCCUGUUUCAUUAUACGAAACUGCCCUGUUCUGUGUCGGACUAUUCAUCCCUCUCUCCUAGCAGUAUUUACCCCAACUGUGCAGAGAAUUUCCUGGAACCUGCUAACCCAACAGCAUUUUAAUUGGAGAUGCAAAGGGUUGAAGCAGAGAAUCUUCUGCAUGUAACAUAGGGCUUUUACCACUGAAAAGUAGACUCUUUGGUGUUCGUUAGGAUGGUGAUGGCACUACUUUCACAAGCCCCCAUAUUGCCUGUGCCUGUGACAUUGCUGCAAGGCGUAACACCACCUCUGUUCUCUGUGUUCUUAGAUGGCAUGCUACUGCUUUUCAGAACUCAUGCCCAUAUCUUAAGCAGUAUUGUAGGGAGAAGAUAAGGCUAGAUCUUACGCCUUUCUGCUGCAAAGGACAGGUGUAUUGGUGUCCAUGCAAGUAAAGAGCCAACAGAUGAACACAAGAUGUUUCCUUGGGAAAGGAUAUUCCAGAAACAAAAGGCCAUGUAAUACCUUUUAUUAAGACCAACCAAAAUGAUACAAAAGAGCAUGCAAGCUUUUGAGUACUCCAGAACUCUUCAGCAGGUUGGAUUUCUGUGUGGGGUGAGGGGUUAAGAGUUUGAGCUACUAGGACAUUCUACACAGCAUGUAGACAAAUCCAUUCCGAUCAUGACCUGAAACAUCUGCCUCACCCUUUAAUAUUCUGGUUGAUUAACAGUGCAAUCCUAAACAGAAUUACAAAUGCGUAGAUUUUCUAUAUCAUUUUGGUUGAGCUUAAUAAAAGGUUUUUUCAUAACUUUUGAUCUUGAGUUUU